GAAAAUUCACUGACCCGAGAAAACAAAGUGAGACACCAGGGCUGCAGGAAAUGCUCCGUUUUCUCUGCUGUUGUUUCCCCACUGGCGAGAACUUCAACAACGAGAGACAGCCUCUGCUGCACCCCAGGUCUCCAUCUGAGGUGAACGGAGCUGAAAGUGCCAGGCAGACCCGCCCAGCUCACCACGACUCCCAGAGGAGGGUCGGCAGGCUGAUGGUGAGGCGAGUCGACGUGCCGGAGCUGGAUCAGAGGUUCGCCGAGGUGGAGGAGUGCUUCAACCAGCAGCAGGAGCACUAUGAGACCAUGGUUCGACACGUCAAAAACCUGAAACAGAGCUACGGYUGUGCCAGGGAUGAUGACCUGACCUUUGCUGAAUGCGUGAAGGUGGUCCGUGAUGAGCACCAGGCUGAGUAUCGUGUUUCUUUGAAGAUGAAGGGCUAUGACUUCUCCCUGGCUGUGGAUCCUGUUGGAUCGGAUGAAAAUGAAGACAAACCACUGCCCACGGCACUGCGGUGGGCACAGGAUGAAAUCAAAGCGCUUUCUGACCACGCUAAGGCCACCGUCUCAAUGGGCACCACGCUSCAGGAGCUAAUCGGGUGGCUCCUCCGUAGCCACGGUCACAUGACCAUGCAGGUGAAGGGGGCGGCGGGAASCUACCAGGAGCACGGAAGGCUGAGCGAAAACCUGGAGGAGAACUUGAGGGAAGUGAGRAGAGCGAAGGAGUUAUCGCAGAGGUACAGGAAACAGGCUGCAGACGUUUACACCGAGGCYGCACAAAUAGCUGGAGUUAGUCUGUAAUUCAGAUAAGGCAAGGGUUUAUUUGAACAAAAAGAUAUAUUUGUGUAAUAAAACAUUUUAGCUGCAACACGGGCUCCAUCAGCAAUAGAAAUAAGCUGCAACAUUUUAAAUUAUACACGUUUGGUAUGAGUUAGAAAAGUAGAAAAAACAUUGGAUCACAAGCAUUGAAACUAAUUUAAGAUAAAUCUUUAGUUUCUACAGAUUGGAGAGUUUAGGCUUUGCCACUUUGAUGACAAAYGCCAUUWUGUGUCUUUUUAUGUUCAUGUYGUAAAUUUGGGCUGAUUGCUAACCRUUGUUUUGUUUUACYUCUGAUUGCUGUUGUUUUGUUUCCCUUGUAUUCAUUUUGUUUCUGCUUGURUUUUUGCUUCCUUUCAACAAUGUUGUCUAUCUAUUAACAACUGGGGUUGGAACAACUGCUUGUCACAUACUCUUUGUGCAUUCAUUACCUAAAAUAGAAAUAAAAGAAUGAUUAAAACGAAAUAAUUCCAUGUUAUGUAGUCGUAACAUAUAACAAGGACAUAAAUAUUUUGAAAUAAUCCUGUUAAAAGUUAUACUAAUGUUGUUAGUGCACAUUUUACUUUAGCAGCCUGUGAAUGUAUUUACAGCCUGUGAUACAGCCUGUGAAUGUAUUUACAGCCUGUGAUACAGCCUGUGAAUGUAUUUAAACUAUUGCAAAUUCUGUUUUUUUUUAAUGAAGUGAUCACUUUUCCUAGAUUACAAGGAUUAAACACUUGGUGGAGAGGGAUCUCUCUCCAAAUACACAACUUUCUUCUUGCAUUUUUUUAUUAAAUUGUAUCCA